AUGUAUCACGUUCCGCAGGUCUCGAACGCCGCUGUGGGUCACAUCACCGAGGGCCUCGCCGAUGUAACGGACAAGGCCGCGCACAACUCGACUGGCCUCGACCUCGACUCGGAUGCCCUGCAGUACUUUGCCGCCCACGUCUAUGCCAUCGAGGUUGCCGGCGGCGGCGAACAGUGCAUUGGCGACAUUGGCCACGACCACGACGAGGCUCACGGCGACGACAACAAGGAUGCGCGGGGCGACAAGGACUGCCACACGCACGCCGAUGGCACUGUGCACUGUGAGGGCGGUGACGCUGCUCAGCCGGAUGCUCAGCCUUCCUCCGCGGCCACUCAGCCUACCUUGUCGGAGGCUCCUGCUCCCGCUCCCACCUCCGAGGCUGCCGCCGCUCCUGCCCAGGCCAGCGACAACUGUCACACCCAUGACGACGGCACCGUUCAUUGCGGGGACCACGACGAGCCCGCCGCGCCGGCUGCUGAGCCCUCCACCACCUCGGACAAGGACUGCCAUACCCACGCCGACGGCACGGUCCACUGUGUCUAA